AGGACGCCUUUUAAGGCUCCUGCUUAAUCGGCCCGGCGCGAGAUCAGGAGCGGGUUUUUUCCACCCUAAGCGGUGGCGGCGGCAACGGGGGGUGGCUUUUUAAGUCCUCCCCCAAGGUUUGGAGUGAUUCUGGGGGCGGGUUGGCCCUCUUCGUAAACCAGGCCCCGGCGGUGCUCCUUCUGGGCAGCGGGCCCUGGGCGGUAGCGGUGGGCUUAGGCUCCCCCCCCACUACCGGAGCGAGCGUUUGGCCCCCCCCCAUGGCACUUUUCGGCAUUUGAAGGGCCGCUUUCAUGGGGGCUGGGCUAGUCCUGGGCAACGUGGUGGGUUUUAAACGGCCUGCUAGGUGGCCUAGGCCAGUUCCCAGUCAGUUUGGCAGCAGCCUGGGUUUCAUUGGCCGGUUCUCCCUUUCUGGGUGUAGUGUGUUGGUUUGGGAGCAUUUCUGGUAACAGACCUUUGCUGGGAGCUUCAUUAUUCACACUCACUUCAAUUUCCUGUGCCAUGGGUCCAUAGAAGGCCAAGGCUAAGACUGGCGGGAAGCGGGUUUGUCCCCCCCUGCACCCUGCGCUGGUUUCUAAUUCUUCCAAUGAGGAUUGUGACAUGGGUACCAUGCGGGCACUUAUAGCACGCUUAGAAGCGCUUGAAAGGGAAAAACAGGGUGGGGCAGCAGCGGCAGAAAAGGGCGGUCCCUCUGGUAUCCCAGGUAGUUCCCGAAGUGUUACUAGGGGGGCUAAACAUGCUAAACUCAUACAGUCCCUCUCAUCCAGACUUGAUGCUUUGGAAUCGCAUGAACCACGCCCUUCAGCGCCAGCAGUGGACCUGACCUCGGAUGGGGAUGGCACCCAGGCCACCUCUGAACCGUGCGGUAGAGACAUGCGUCCAUCGGAUCAGCUUGGCCCUGGCCCUGCGCGACGGGCGGCGAGGGCUCGUGUACUCAUUUUGGGCCACUCCAUUGUUUUCUGGGCGCAUAAGACGGCUCGAGUGGCGCAGCCUGGAACGCAGCUGGGACUGGGUCAAUGGGCAGACAUCUCCUGGAUCGGUCGCAGGGGCAUGGUCAUCGCCCAGUUUUUACCCAUGCUGCAGGAAUUUCUAGCGGCAAAUCCGCCGCCCGACAUUUUGGUUCUUCACCUGGGGGAAAACGAUUUGGGGUCCAAGUCAGGGUUGUCUAUUUUCCAUAGUUUGCGCAAGGACAUUUUACUAGUCCUUGAAUGGUGCCCGGGAAUUCUCAUUCUUUGGUCGGCUAUGCUCCAACGCAGAGUUUGGAGAGGCGCGAGGGACCCUUAUAGGGUGGAAAGGGCUAGGAGGAAGGUUAAUGCACAGAUGACACUUUCUUAGCGGCCAUCGGUGGGGGACCUAUAGACCAUUCCAGUAUUCUUUUUUCUGAGCCCAGUUUGUUUAGAGGGGACGGCGUCCACCUUUCACCCAGUGGGACCAGUUUGUUUUUACGUGAUCUAGAGCAGGGAUUGGCUGUUUAUCUGUGCACUUGGUGGGGUGGCUCGGGUUAAGCUAGGCUAACCCGCGCUGUGGCAGGUGCAGUGUGGUUGGAAAAUGAUUUUAGGCUGGUGAACACCUUUGGGUAAGCAUUUGGCUAUGGGUUGAGAAGGGCAUCUCCCUAGAGACUGCACGGCUCAGGGAGAUCUGCCCUUGUUAACCUACCCUGGCAGGCUAAGCCCUUAGGAAUCGCUGUACGGCUACCUUGGGGUGAUGCUAGCCAGGGGCCCGGCACUAGGCUGGCUAGGAUAGGCAGCCCUGGAUUUGGGAACAUUUGGGGUUGCCUGGAGCCAAGGUGUAUCGCCCUAUACACUGGGGGCGCAUGCCUAUAGUUACGCACUGCCAAGAGGGAAGCCAUCCCUGCUCUUCAAGUUCUUGUUAAAGUUAAAUAAAUUGUGGCCCAAUUUUAUACCAAAA